AUGCGGCAAUUACCGCCGCGUGGACCAAACGAGCCGAAAGUUUACAAGUUCAGCAAACACCUGUCCGACCGAGAGGCCGCAACUUUUCCAGGUGGUCUUCUCGACAAAUUGGCCGUGGCUCGUAAAACCUCUGGUCGAUGCUUCUUUGGGCCCUUCCGCUUUAUGGCUCCAAGUUUUUUGGCUCAGGUCAGUCCAAGAAAAUAACUUAUUCGAACAGCAUUGUUUCCAUAAACUUUAUGAAGAACCACAUGGUUCAAAACGUUCAAGAAAAUGAUCUACGGUACCUCUUCCACUUUGUCAAUCUUCCUAACUUGAAGGUGCGAAAAGAUACAUUAAUUGCAAACAUCGUUGCCCUACAGCCUCGUCAUUUCCUGUUCAGUCAUUGAGGAGUCAGCCACCUUGCAAUUAACCUAAUUAAGGUGUCAAAAACUGCCCAAAGGGCGACGAAUCAAUAAGUAUCAACAAAAUGAUACUUCACGGUAUUGAGACAAAUGCAAACUGUUCCUCCACACAAACAUACUAUGAGAAAAUCACCUUUUUUUCUCAAAAACUUGUCUAUUUUCAUAGUUGAGCCUCUCAUGAGAUGCCAUUGAAAUGAAGGUAAUAGACCCUGACUCGAAGAAUGACAGGAAGAAAGAGAAAAAGCGACUAGAACGAGUGAAAAACGGUCGGAACGGCGCGCCUGUCAACCGUAAUCUUCAUGAGAAUCGCGGUGAAGAGUUUCGAAGUUAAACGAAGGUGCCAUGUAAGCCAUUUGUUAUUCCGAGCGAAGAUGCGUAUCUGCCAACUUGCUGGAGACGAGCCAACCGUCGCGGCGACCUUCGGGCGACUGGCACGUGGCGCCGCCGCCGACGGCUCCCGACGAUACUCAUCGAGCGGCUUCUUGAUUGAUUUCGUCUCGAGUCAGCCGUCUGGCUCAUAA